CAUAGGGGGAAAGGCAAUUUUGGCCGUGGUGGAGGACCGUGGUAGUACUGGGUGUCACGUGUGUUUACCUGGUGGCACUCGCUCAGUGUUCUUAGUGCUAGAUAGGGUCACAAAAAGGCUCUAUACAACUAUUAUCAGAAAGAAAAAGGCUUGGCGUAAACGUGUGUCGUGAUGUGUGAGGAGGGAGGGCCAUGUGGCGCUUGCGGGCAUGCGGCACAUACUAAAUGCACGGGUUGCCGCACUGUCUUCUACUGCGGCAGGCAAUGUCAGAAGAAAGGCUGGUCUGACCAUAAGGAUGUCUGCCGUCCCUUCACGAUCAAUAAGAAGAAAGAGUUGGGUCGGCUUCUCGUGGCUACAAGAGACUUGGAGGUGGAUGAUCUAAUCUUGACGGAGGCGCCGCUGGUGUUGGGACCGAAGCAGGAGACAGAACCAAUAUGUCUAGGCUGCUACAGGAGAGUGUCUGGGAAAUACAGGUGUUCACGAUGCACAUGGCCUCUGUGUGGGCCCAAGUGUGAGGUCAGCCCUGAUCACCAGCCUGAGUGUGACGUCACCAAGGCCGCCGGGGUCACCAUAUCCAUCGACGACACAGACGGGGGACCUCACCACCUGUACGAGGUCAUCACGGCCCUCAGGUGUCUGGUGUUCGCGGGUCGGGAACCUAAGCGGUGGCGGACGUGUGCGGAGCGGUUCAACACCCGGUACCUGCAGCAGGGGGCAGGGUGGCCCCAGCACCGCCACAACCAGGAACUUGUAGUCAACGUCCUCAGAGACAGGUUCCGCCUUCACCAGUACCCCGGCGUCGACGGCUCUGAGGCUGCCAUCCACACAGUGCUGGGACUGCUGCAGAUUAACCAGGUGCCAACCAAGACGUCGUACUCGGAGGUGCAGGCGCUCUACCCCAUGGCCUCCCUCGCCAGCCACUCCUGUAUGCCUAACACCAAGCCUGUCUGGAAGGAUGGUAAGCUGACACUACGGGCGUCUGACCCCAUCAAGCGUGGGGAGGCCAUCACCUUUAUCUACACGGACAUUCUGUGGGGGACGAGAGCCAGACGCGACCACCUCCGUCAGACGAGGCUCCUCACCUGCUCCUGCCAGCGCUGUGCCGACCCCACCGAGCUCAACACCUACUUCUCCGCCCUCCUGUGUCGCCGCUGUGGCAACAAUGUUCUUCCCACCAGCCCCCUCGACGACUAUGACCCUUGGACCUGCGAAAGCUGCUCCAGCCAGAUCAGCGUGGAAGAGGUGUUGAGGACCAACUUGGCUCUAGGGGCGGCGGUGGAGGUGGCCCUGGCUAAGCCCUCAAUCCCCUCCCUUGAAGCGCUACAGCAGGAGUGGACGCCCCGGGUGCACACCAACCACUACCACCUGCAUGCCGUCAAACACUCCCUCCUGCAGCUCUACGGCCGCUCUAAAGAGAAGGCCUCCGACCAGGAAAAAGACGCAGCCCACUGGAUCGAAAUCGCCAAGAAAGAGAAAUCCUGCAAGGAAUUCCUGACGGUGUGCUCACGUCUCGACCCAUCAACGGCUCAGACCAUCCCCUUCGUCGGCCUCACCUUCUACGAGUACCACAAGACCAUCCUUCAGAGUGCACAGAAACACUUUGCGCAGAACAAGCUAACAACGCAACAGCUGAAGAAGAGGAUGUUGCUGUCUAAGGCGCUGCUGAAGAAGGCGAUGGAGAUCUUCAAACACGAGGAGGAGGACACACCGGAGGGUCAGCUGUACGUCACGUGUGAGCAAGAGGUCAUACGUAUUGGCAAGUGGAUGUUGGCCGUCGGGCUCGUGUGAGGGAAGGUGGAGGCUGUCUGAUAGUCGUACAAGCAAAUAGGAGAAGAGAGGCUGAGAGACUGACUGGCAGCGACACACAGGCAGAUAAAGGGAGUCUGACAGUCACACAAACAGUUGGAGAGUAAGAAUGGGGCUAAAAAACUAACAAUUAGAAACAGAAAGAUCAAGAGAAAGACAGGCUGACAGACAGAAAAAAUGUGAGACUGACAGACAGACAGAGGAAAAGAGAGAAGCUGAAAGACAAAGUGACAGACAAACAGGCAGGCAGAAAGAAAGUGAACCAAAUAUACUGACAAAAAAAGAGAAAGAGAUAGACAAAGAGACAUUGAGAAAAAGAGAGAGACAGACAGACAGAGAAUGAGAGAAAACAUGAUCAAUGACCUCGAAAGAAUUACUACAUUAUAUAUAUAUAUAU